CGAGGCUUUACAAACCAACAUGGCAGAAAUGGACGCUUUGUUUGGCAGCGAUGUCGACAGUGAAAACGAGCAAGCAGAUGGGAAAGCCUCGCGGUCAGGUAGUGACAACGAAGAGGAAACUGGCAACAUGAACGAGCUGUUCGGUACACAGCUGCCCAGCGACAGCGAAAACGAGGACAGCAGAAGUCACCAGUCAGGGAGCGUCCAGUCGGAGAGAAGUCGGUCCAGAUCACGAUCCAGAUCACAAUCCAGAUCCAGAUCUCCAUCUAGAUCCAGGUCUGCAAGCCCACAGUCGAGAUCCGGUAGCGAAGACAACCAGUCUGACCGAGAGAGCCAAUCAGGAAGGGAGUAUCAAAGCGGCUCUGAGGCCAACCAAUCAGGAGACGAGAAAAGUGACCAAUCAGAGAACGAGGCUGGCGCUGACUCAGAGGAUGAAAGAGUUCAAGGGUCAGAUGAUGAUGAGAAAUCCAGAGGUAGCCAGUCAGGAGACGAGGGCCCACAAGGUGACCAAUCAGGAGAUGAGGGUCCGAGAGGUGACCAAUCAGGAGAAGAAGAAGGUGGUGUCAGGUCAGGUGAUGAGGCAGGCAGCCAAUCAGAGAAGGAGGGGAGGGACCAAUCAGAUGAUGAGAGGAGCCAGUCAGGGAAUGAAGUGGAGAAGGCUGGAAGUGGGUCAGAUGCAGAAAAGAAAUCUGUUAAGGGUUCCGACAGUGACAGUGAUGACAGUGUGAUUGGACGGAGACCAAAGAAAGCAGCAGCGUCAAGUGAUGAGGGCGGGCCUGCAGGGCUUGGACUUGGCUCUGACAGCGAAGGGGAGGGUGGAGGUGCAACACCUGUAGCAGCUGCAGCUGAUGACUUGUUCGGAGACGCAGAUGACAUUUCUGAGGAAAGUGGCGAUGAGGGAGACGCCAAGAUAGGAGAGGAGAUCAAAAAGGCUUUAGGAGAAGAUGGGGAGCCGAUGGAGGAGGGUGGUGAGGCUGAGGAGGAACCUGCACCUGAGACCAGGAUCGAUGUGGAGAUGCCUCGCAUCAAACUCAACCUGGGAAACUCCCAACACUUCGUCAAGCUGCCAAACUUUCUCAGUGUGGAGACAAGACCGUUUGACCCUGUACUUUAUGAGGACGAGAUUGAAGAAGACGAAAUGAUGGACGAAGAGGGAAGAACAAGGUUGAAACUAAAGGUAGAAAACACCAUCCGAUGGCGUAAGACUGUGGAUGAAAAUGGUUUAGAGACAAGAGAAAGUAACGCCAGGGUCGUCAAGUGGUCAGAUGGAAGCAUGUCCCUCCAUCUGGGGAAUGAGAUAUUUGACGUACACAAGACGUCUCUCCAGGGCGACCACAACCAUCUCUUCAUCAGACAGGGCACGGGAUUGGUCGGACAGGCCGUCUUCAAAACUAAACUGUCCUUCAGACCACACUCGACCAACAGUGCGACCCACAGGAAGAUGACCCUGUCUCUGGCAGACAGGUUCUCCAAGACACAGAAGAUCCGAGUCAUCCCUCUUGUAGGGACAGACCCAGAGUCUCAGAGAACCGAGAUGAUCAAGAAAGAGGAGGAGAAACUGCGGGCCACAAUGAGAAGAGAAGCUCAGCAGCGUAGGAUGCGAGAGAAGGCGCACGCCCGCGGCCUGAGCGCCUCAUACCUCGAACCCGACCGCUUUGACGAGAUUAUGGACGAUGAUGAAGAAGCCAUCAGCUUGGCGGCCAUCAAGGGCAACUACAAGAAACCUGGCAAAAAAGAUUUCCGUCCUCCCAUCUACUCCUCGGACAGUGAGGAGGAGGAGGAGGAGGAGAAGAAGGAAGAACGGCUGAACAAGGCCAAGGUCAUCACGACCUUGGACAGCGACGAGGAUGAGGAGGGUUCAGAGAGCGGGAAAAGAAAGGCAGAAGAAGAUGAUGGCAACAAGAAGAAAAAAGCCCGCAAAAUUAUUGAAAGUGACGAAGAAGAAAGCGACUAGUUCUCUGAGCCUUUUGCUUAUUCUGUACAUACAUGUAACUGGUAUUGACAAAGUAUAAGUUUGAUAUGACUCAAUUGUAGUGCUGUGUACCAGUUUGCUGGACCGGUUCCUGACUAAAAAUGUUUAGGUUCAAGUCCAAAAAAACUACCUUUUCCGGACUUACUA